GUCGAGCCUUCUCUGCGCGGUUCUUUCUUGGAACUCGGCGCCCUUCUUUCGAAGCCCGAGGCCGGAGGCUGUUAGUCCUCCCCUUUCCCUUUGCCUUUCUCUUCUCCUCCUCCCUCCUCCUCACCGCCAUGUCGCUGACGGGGGUCCAGCCGAGCAAAGAGUCCAUGGGCGACCGCAGAAGCAGCCUUGGUAGCAUAAGACCUCGAUUGACUCACAGUAGAGAGCUAGAAAUGAAAACUUCCCUUCAGGAGCUACUGAUCUACAUCAUUUUUCUAACAGAUCUGUGUAUAUUGACGUUUGGGAUGGUUAGCACCGAUAUGUACUACCUAAACAAAGUUAUGUCCAAUCUCUUCCUGGAAACUCCUUUAUCUGAUACAGAUAAAACUGAUUUCACAACCAUGGGCAGCAUUUCGGACUAUUGGGAGUUUCUAGAAGGACCACUUCUGGAUGGCCUUUUUUGGAACACAUGGUACAAUACUAAUUCCACAUCUAUACAUAGAAACAGCAGCCACAUCUACUAUGAGAACUUACUAUUAGGAGUACCUCAGAUUCGGCAACUAAAAAUCCGUAACAACACAUGUUCGAUCUAUCCCUCUUUCCGAGCAUUUAUGAAAGUGUGUUAUGGUCAGUAUCGCUAUCUAUAUGAGGACAGAGAAAGCUUUGGCCUUAAGAAUGAUACUGAAUGGUUUUAUUCUUCCUCUCAAACGUUGACUCCAUGGCACUGGGGCCUUAUUGGUCUGUACGGCAGCGGAGGAUUUAUGUUCACCUUGCCCAAGUCAAAGGAAAAAAGUCUAGAGAAGCUCAUAUAUCUCAAGGAAAACAGCUGGAUCACCAGAGGGACAAGGGCCGUCUUCAUUGAUUUUUCAAUGUAUAAUGCCAACGUAAACCUCUUCUGCAUAGUCAGGCUAGUUGUGGAAUUCCCUGCAACAGGUGGAGCAAUCCCUUCUUGGCAGUUCCACUCCGUCAAGCUCCUUCGAUAUGUCUCCUAUUAUGAUUAUUUCCUGGCCUCUUGUGAAGUCAUCUUUUGCCUUUUCAUCGUUGCUUUCAUCAUUCAAGAAAUUACAAAAAUGAAGAAGCUGAAAAAAGAGUAUUUUAGAGAUGCCUGGAACUGGUUGGACAUGUUACUGAUCCUGUUGUCUGUUUUUGCUAUUGCCUUCAAUGUUUACCGGACUGUUGAAGUGUCCGAGUUAAUGGAGAAAUUGCUGUCCAAUUCGGAAUCUUAUCCAGACUUCUAUUUUCUUGGAUUCUGGCAGACCCGUUAUAAUAAUAUGAUUUCCGUGAAUGUCUUCUUUGCAUGGAUAAAGAUAUUUAAAUUCAUAAGCUUUAACAAGACCAUGACUCAGUUGUCUUCUACUCUGUCCCGCUGUGCUAAAGACAUCAUAGGAUUCGCCAUCAUGUUCUUCAUCAUCUUCUUCGCAUAUGCACAGUUGGGAUACCUGGUGUUUGGAUCACAAGUUGAUGAAUUUUCCACUUUUCAGAAUUGCAUUUUUACCCAGUUUCGCAUUGUGCUUGGAGAUUUUAAUUUUGCCAGUAUAGAGCAUGCAAAUCGGAUUCUUGGGCCAAUUUACUUCAUCACGUUUGUGUUCUUUGUGUUCUUUGUACUGCUGAACAUGUUCUUGGCAAUCAUUAACGACACAUACUCUGAAGUGAAAGCUGACUUUUCAGUUAUCCCAAGCAGAGAAUUUGAGAUCAGUGACCUUAUUAGACAGAGUUACAACAAAGCUUUAGUCAAGCUCAGAUUGAAGAGGCAGACUUCACAAACAGAAGACGUAUAUAGCAUUAAAAGAAAGGGACAGUCCACAAGCAGAGCUGAUGUGACCAAGUCUUUUCACACAAAGCCAAAAACACAGCCUUCCUCAGCUUCAGGAGUUCCUGAUCCUGUUUCUCACAAGGAAUUUCAGAAGCUUUCCAAAUACAUUGCAGAUCUGGAGAAACAAUUGAAAGAUGUGACACUUAAGCUAAAUGAGGUCACGAAAUCUAUCCCCAAAGCGUCUCCGGAAAGGCUAAAGCACUGCGGAGACACUGGGAACCACAGUUCUAAAGAAAUACAGGAAUAGCACAAGGUGGAGCAACGUUUGUUGGUGCCAAGCACUCCAUUCUCCACAUCCAGAUCUGAGGCCCCAGUCUGUGCAGGGAGAGUGUGUUGUAGGACAUUGAACAUGGAAAGCUCUAUGCAUUCAUUUCUAUCUCUGCAGAUUUUAAAUACAUCCUUCGACUGCAAAAAGCACUGUGCAACAAAUCUCCAGCUUCAUCAAGUCCUUUGCACAGAACCAAUUCCUGGAUAAAAAAAACAACCCCUGAUCCUUGUAGUUUUCCAUUGGGUACUAAAUGUACUCAUCUGUAUUGAUGUUAAUUAGAUCACUGAUACUGUUUUUGCUAACCUUACUAAAAUAUGUGGAAUUCAUUAUCAUGUUAUAUAUUUCAAUUAACACACUCUUAGUGUAUUUUCUGCCUUUGUCAAAGAAAGAGAAGUGCAUUUUUUCUUCUCAUUGUUCCCAUUAACAGCGAACACUUAAUCUAAACAAAUACAGUGUUCCCUCACUACUUUGCGGGUCACUUUUCGCGGAUUCGCUGUUUCACGGUUUUUCAAUAAACUCUAAAAGAUUAUUAUAAAUAAUAAAAAAUUACAAUUUACAGCUUAAGGAAGGGAGGAAGGCGACGGCAAAGGGAGAGAAAAGGAGCCCAAGCGGCAACGGGAGAAGGCGGCGGCGAUUUAUCAACACACGAUUGGUUGAUAAAGACUUAAAAUAGUAUAUAACUACUAAAAUAAUGUAUAAAUAUUAAAAUAAGUAUAGCGUCCCUACUUCGCGGAUUUUCACUUAUUGCUGGUAGUCCUGGAACCUAACCCCAGCGAUAAGUGAGGGAACACUGUACUGUAAAUCAAACUAACCUUCCAUUCUGCUGAUAAAAUGCUUCUUCAAAUUCC